CAGCAGCAGCAGCAGCAGCCACCGCCGCCGCGGCCUCCCUUGGCUUCCCCGCCCCUCUCUCGUGCAGCUCAGGCGGCGGCGCUUGUUUACCGGGGGCGAAGGCAGGGAGGCCGAAGGAGGGGAGCGCUUGGGGUUCAGGUGCCGCCGCCGCCGCCGAGGAGGAGGAGGCGCAUGGCGUGAAGCGGGGCCUGGCUCGGAGGCCAUGGAGGCUCCCUCCCGGCGCUGGCCUGGGCCCUGGCCGCCCUUGGCCCUGGCGGCGCUGGCCCUGGCCCUGGCGGCCGCCCUCCUCGCCGACGCCCAGGCCGAACGGGGCGGCAGUGGCAGCGGCAGCAGUGAGCCCCACGUUUGCCAGAGCAUUGACAUUCGCAACAACAUCACCCACCUAAGUCUCCUGGAGAACUGCACUGUGAUUGAGGGACACCUACAGAUCCUGCUCUUGUUCCACACCAAGGCUGAGGACUUCCGGGAUGUCAGUUUUCCCCGGCUGAUCAUGAUCACGGACUACUUGCUGUUCUUUCGGGUUUAUGGCCUGGAGACUCUCAAAAAGCUUUUUCCUAAUCUUAGUGUGAUCCGAGGGACUCGCCUCUUCUUCAACUACGCUCUGGUCAUCUUCGAAAUGCUCCACUUAAAGGAGAUUGGCCUUUAUAACCUUAUGAACAUCACCCGCGGUGCUGUACGGAUCGAGAAGAACUAUGAGCUCUGUUAUCUGUCCACCAUUGACUGGUCUCGGAUUUUAGACUCGGUGGAAGACAACUACAUCGUAGAGAACAAGGCUGACAAGGAGGAAUGUGGAGACGUGUGCCCGGGCUUCAUGCAAGGGAAAAGCAUCUGCUCGCCCAUUGUCAUCAAUGGUGUUUUAAUUGAGCGCUGUUGGACCCAUGAGCAUUGCCAGAGAGUGUGUCCACCCACCUGCAAGUCCCAGGGCUGUACCCCAGAUGGGAAGUGCUGCCAUGCAGAAUGCCUGGGCAACUGCCAGGAGCCCAAUGACCCCGAGAAGUGCGUGGCAUGCCGGAACUACAUGUUGGACGGCAAGUGCAUGGAGACAUGCCCUCCCAACUAUUAUCGCUUCCAGGGCUGGCGCUGCGUGACCUUCAAGUUCUGCCUGGAGCGCCAUAACUCCUGCAAGACCGCCAGAGGGUCCAACUGCUACGUCAUCCACAAUGGCGAAUGUAUCUCUGAGUGCCCCUCCGGGUACACCAUGAACUCUACCAACCUCCUCUGCACCCCCUGUGCUGUUUGCCCCAAGGUCUGCCACCUGGGGAAGGGAAAAGUCAUUGACUCGGUGAGUGCUCAGGAGCUCCGAGGCUGCACUGUCAUCAUGAGCUUGAUCAUCAACAUCCGCGGGAGUGAAUCGGGAAACAACAUGAAGGCACACAUGGAAGCCAACCUUGUGUUUGAUUUGAAGAAACUCACAGGCUACUUGAUGACAAUCUGCCCGUUCCUAUUGCCCCUUGGUUCUCACUCUCCUUUUUUCCGCAAGCUCCGUCCUCAUCAGAGGCAAGAUUUAGAAGCAGGGAACUACUCCUUCUCUGCUCUGGACACCAGAACUCCGGAUCUGUGGGAAUGGAGCAAGCACAUCACCAUUGACCGUGGGAAGCUCUUCUUCCACUACAACCCCAAACUCUGCCUCGAGAUCCACAAGCUGGAGGAGAUCUCAGGGACAAAGGGGCCAGAGAAGAAUGACAUCGCAACUCAGACCAAUGGGGACCGAGCCGCUUGUGAGAACGAAGUACUCAAGUUUUCCCUCAUAAAAACGUCCCAUGACAAGAUUGUGCUGAAGUGGGAACCGUACUGGCCACUGGACUUCCGCGACCUCCUUGGCUUCAUGCUGUUCUACAAGGAAGCGCCCUUUCGGAAUGUGACAGAAUUCGACGGGCAGGAUGUCUGUGGCUCCAACAGCUGGACAGUGGUGGACAUUGACCCUCCUGCUCGGCCAACAGAUAGUAAGCUGCCAACCCACCCUGGGUUCCUGAUGCGAGGCCUGAAGCCCUGGAUGCAGUAUGCCAUUUUUGUGAAGACCCUGGUCACCUACUCAGAUGAGCGCAAAACCUAUGGGGCAAAGAGUGAGAUUAUCUAUGUUCAGACCAAUGCCUCUGUGCCUGCCGUCCCCACAGACCCGAUCUCUGUGUCCAACUCUUCGUCUCAGAUUAUUCUGAAGUGGAAGCCACCCUCUGAUCCCAACGGAAACAUCACACACUACUUGGUAUCCUAUGUGCAGCUGCAUGAAGACAAGGAGCUCUAUGAACUGGACUACUGCCUGAAAGGUUUGAAGGUGCCAUCCCGGAACUGGUCCCCACCUCUGGAGUCGGAUGACACCCACAAGCCCAAUCAGAACGAGACCGAGGAGAUCAAUGGAGAGUGUUGCUCCUGUCCCAAAACCGACUCCCAGAUCCAGAAGGAGCUAGAGGAGUCAGCCUUCCGGAAGACCUUUGAGAAUUACCUCCACAAUGAGGUGUUCGUCCCAAGGCCCAUGAGGAGACGAAGGGAUGUUGGCAGCGUAGCAAAUGGUACCGUGGUUCCUGCCACCACCCUGGGCUUGGCAAAUGCCUCCACUGUGGCGGCUGAAGAGCCCAGUCCCUUCGUGAUGGUGGUCCUGAAGGAGUCGGUGGUCAUCUCUGACCUGCGGCACUUCACGGGCUACCGGAUUGAGAUCCAGGCCUGUAACCGGGAAGCCCCUACGGAAUGCAGCGUCUCCACCUACGUCAGUGCCAGGACCAUGCCAGAAGCAAAAGCAGACGACAUUGUUGGGCCUGUCGCUCAUGAGCUGGUAGACAAGAGCACUGUACACUUGAGAUGGCAGGAGCCCCAAGAGCCCAAUGGACUCAUCAUCCUCUAUGAGGUGAACUACGGACGCCUUGUCGAAUCUGAGGAACAACACUACUGUGUCUCUCGCCGGCAUUUCUCCAUUGACCAGGGCUGCAAGCUGAAGGCGCUGCAACCUGGGAACUACAGCGCACGUGUCCGAGCCACCUCAUUGGCAGGCAACGGGUCCUGGACGGAGCCUGUGUACUUCUUUGUUCCUGAUUACCUGAACGUUCCCCCCAGCCUUGUGAGCAUUAUCGUCCCAAUCGUUUUUGUCAUCAUCUUCAUCAUGCUUCUUGGUGGCACAUAUGUUUUCAUCAGAAAAAGGCAAACAGAAGGACCGACGGGGCCGCUCUAUGCAUCUUCCAACCCUGAGUAUCUCAGCGCCAGCGAUGUGUACAUCCCUGAUGAGUGGGAAGUCCCUCGGGAGAAGAUUGCCCUCCUGCAGGAGCUGGGCCAGGGGUCCUUCGGCAUGGUCUAUGAGGGUGUUGCCAAAGACAUCAUCAAGGGGGAGGCUGAGACCCGGGUGGCAGUCAAGACCGUGAAUGAGUCAGCCAGUCUGCGGGAGCGCAUUGAGUUCCUCAACGAAGCCUCUGUCAUGAAAGGCUUCAGCUGUCACCAUGUGGUCCGCCUCUUAGGGGUGGUGUCCAAAGGGCAGCCCACACUAGUGGUCAUGGAGCUGAUGGCCAACGGAGACCUAAAAAGCUACUUGAGGUCCUUGCGCCCGGAUGCAGAGAACAACCCUGGCUGCCCACCCCCAACCCUCCAAGAGAUGAUCCAGAUGGCUGCAGAAAUUGCCGACGGCAUGGCUUACCUCAAUGCCAAGAAGUUUGUCCACAGAGACCUGGCAGCCCGGAACUGCAUGGUAGCGGAAGACUUUACUGUCAAAAUUGGAGACUUCGGCAUGACCAGAGACAUCUAUGAGACAGACUACUACCGCAAAGGAGGGAAGGGCUUGCUGCCAGUGAGGUGGAUGGCCCCGGAGUCCCUGAAGGAUGGUGUCUUCACAGCCUACUCUGAUGUGUGGUCUUUUGGCGUCGUUCUUUGGGAAAUCAGUGGUUUAGCAGAGCAGCCAUACCAGGGACUCUCCAAUGAGCAAGUCCUGAAGUUCAUCAUGGAUGGCGGUUGUCUAGAGCAACCCGAAAACUGUGCAGAGCGGCUCCACAGCCUGAUGCAGAUGUGCUGGCAGUACAACCCCAAGAUGCGCCCCUCAUUCACAGAGAUCAUUGAGAUGCUGAAGGAAGACCUCCACCCCUCCUUCCGAGAGGUCUCGUUCUUCUACAGUGAAGAGAACAAACCACCCGAAACAGAGGAGUAUGAGCUGGACUUUGAGAACAUGGAGAGCAUCCCGCUGGACCCAGCCUCCUACUCACAGCGGGACGAAAUUCUGGGGCAGGACAGCAUCCCCUCGGUGGGCCUGAAAGGGAACUACGAGGAGUACAUCCCUUACACCCACAUGAAUGGGGGCAAGAAGAAUGGGCGGAUCCUUUCCAUGCCCCGCUCGAGCCCUUCCUAACAGCAGCCGCCCACCGGGCUGUCUUUCUUUCUCUACACAAAUCUCAGGACUUGCAGUAUUGCUGACGAAGCAUACGGAGAUAUAUGGACUUGCUUUCUUUUCAGAUUUUUAAUCAUCAGAAGAUUAAAAUGGACACAGAGGCAGGAUUGGGGAGGGGGACAAUGUCUCCUCGCAUGCUUCUGUUUUGUGUGUUUUUCUUGGGUGCAAAAGCUGACUCACUGUCAGCUGGCUUUUUGUCGGUGAAACACAAAUGAACAAUUCUGUGGCUGCUGAUUUCUUCCUUCACACUACACUGUGCCCGAGAGACAUGGGGACCGUGCAAAGGAGGAAGGAUUUCCACCCGCCUCAGCCUUUGCCUGGUUAGAGGGAACCUUCUGGGCACCUCUGCCCUGGCAAGAGGGAAGGGAGCCCCAUGCUGGAACGUCCCCCAGCACAACCGAAAGUCGUUCUCCUUCCCUUGCCUCUUCAGAACUGGGAGUUCUGGUCUCUCUUCUUUCUGAAAGGCUGAAGGAUCUUCAAGAUGUGUCAAACACGGACUCUCUCUCUCUCUUCCCUCUGAUUUGACCAACAGUUGCUGCUUUUCUUUUUAAUGGGUUAAGCCGUGUGUGUGCGCGUAUGUAUGUGAUUUUAGUGUGUGUGUAGACACAUGCACAUACACAGAUAAACCACACACACACACGGAGGUGUAAGUGAAAAUUGAGUGAGUCUUUUUUGUACAUAACAGUUUUAUCUCUGCUGCAGAGUGUGUGUGUUGCUCCCGUCUUUGCCCGAUCUCCACACCUGCCCCACAAACUCCUCCGGCAUGAAUGAAUUCUGAAUAGAUUAUUUUUAUAUGGAAGAAUUCUUGGGGGGAUGGGAUUCCCUGCACCCCCCUCCCCUAUGCGAUUCAGCAAAGCGAGGUAGCCAAACAGUAGCCAACCUCUUCCUCCGCUUCAGGGUUUUGUGCCAGGGCUUUUGGGACUAAGCAAGGAGGCUGCCAUUGCCCCCUACCCUCCUCACCCUCUUUCCUCAAGAUUCUCAAGGUCCAACUGGUGACCAUUAUGUGUCAGUCUGUCUGUGUGUACAUUUAUCUGUGUGUGUGUGUGUGUUGUGACAUAUUUAAAUCUUAGCCAGCAAGUCUCCCUAUAAAUUAUUGACACCUUCCGUGAACCAUAUUUAGUUUAGACUCCUUCAAGGAGAAUGUUGCUUGCCAGCUCCCUUUCUUGGUCUUCAAAACCAGCCUUAGAAAGUCUCUAAGCUGAAUUUUGGCAAGUGUUAACUGCUGGGAGGUGGUAAUGCACAAAACCUGUACUUUUAACAUUCAGAUAACAGUGCUGCGUGUGCGUGUGUGUGCUUCUGUUUAAUUUUUAAAGCUAGCUCGCUUGCAUUCUCUCAUAUAUAUACACACACCCAUUGUUGCACAAAUCCCAAAACAUUUGGCUGCUGGAGGUAAAACCUUUGGACAGGCAAAUAACAUCAACUGGAGUUCUUACAGCUCAGAAAGUGGUCAAAACUUCCUCCUACAUUAACUCAUUCAGCCAGUUUCUUUUCUUCUCCCCCUGCCUCAUUUUCCUUUCUUUUUAUGCCUUUUUGGGUGUCAUGUGCAGACAGUGCCAGGGAAAAAUCUGCCUAGGGCUUUAAAAAAUUCCUUUUUUUUACCACAACUCCAAGAAUGCCUCACCCCAGAAUUUCUUUUGGAGAGUUUUGGGAGUCUCAGUCCAGAAGCGGCCUUGUUUUUCCCCAAGCACUGUCUGUUCCUCUCCAUUUCUUGAAGGAUACUGAGAUGUGCGCUGUGAAUGUGAACGUUGAGCAUGACUUCUUCCACAACAGUCCAUUGGGAGGCAACCCUGCACGGACCCCAUUGAAAUCAGUAAGAGUUGUACUAGCCACCGCCACUGUCCUGACAAGUUUUUUGGGACAGACUUUGCUGCUUCUGAGAGAGCAAGAAUUUGAGGACCCCUCUAAAUCAGACACCCAGCAGCCCCCCUCCCCCCCCCAAAGAAGCUCCGAGGUAACUGGGAAUGAGAGGGAUGCAACAAAAAAAACCUCCCUAGACAUGUGGGACAAUUUAACCCCACACACACAUGCGCACCCAUGAACAUGGGAGGAUAUGGGCUCCUUGGCCCCCUUCCUUUGCCCCUCCAAAGGGCCCUUUUCACAUGCUGCAAGGUAGCUUCAUUCAUCUGCCAAGACCAAGGCCUCACCAAAACGCCUUUAUCUCUUGUGUCUUUUCCUGUCUUCUGAAUAAGCUUUUAAAAAAUUAGUUCCGUAUAAUGUGAAUUGUUGCUAAAGGGGGUGAGGUGGGAGACGGCUGCAGAAGGAUCUUAUUUUCUUGAUAGAAAAGCUAACACAUGUGCUUUGUUUAAAAAAAUGUAUAGAUUUUAAAGAGAGAGAAAAGCCACGCUCAUAAGGGGCCUUGGCAGUCUUUCUCCGUUUCCCUUUGGCACCUCAUCUGAAAUGCUUUAAUUUCUGUUUUUAAUUUGCUUUUUUGAGCCGGAAUGGACAGAUUUGAAUUUGUGGGCAGGAAAGCAAAACUGGCUCUCUCCUAGAGACUGGUGAGGAGCCCCGUACGGGUGCCUUCCAUUUGGCAGGGGCAUCUGGGGAGAAGAAUGGAUGUGGUGCAUGCCCUUUGCCAUGCGCUUAGGACACCAGGAAAAGGUGGCUGGGCAGAAUGGCCACAUCUCGUGUCCCCAGACAUUUGUUGAGGAGGCUGCAGCAAACAAACAUGCCACUGUCUAAGAAUGGCAUGUUUUCUCAGCACCAAGCUGGCUCCUUUUCCUUGGCAAAACAGCCUUUCCAUCCCACCCAACCACAGCCUUGUGGGGUGGGGGCUUUUGGCAGCAGUUCUGUGUGCUUCUUUCUGGAAGGGGACUGCAGGGCAGGAGCACUUUACCUCUUUGUCUCCUUAGAGAAUUCAGGCUGCUGGUAUGCUUAGCCAGUUCUUUCCCUUCCAGGCCGGUCUGUGGGCAACGGAGGUUUGAAGGGGAUGGGAAGAGGCCCACGGACUCCUCUUGCCUCUGGUCAUCUGAAGCAAAGUCACUUCUAGAUAUCCACCAUCUCUUGUGGGAGCUUGACUUUUAACCUAGGUUGGGCUUUGAAUUUUUAAAUGUUUGGCAGAAGGGGGUAACAAUCUGCUGCAGAGCCAUUUUGGCACGCUUGGGCAUGUGGAUCCUCUCCCCCUUUUCACUCACUGUUUUGGCAAGGCUGCAAGUGAGGACCUUUGCCUUCCGGUUCAUUGGCCUUAAUGCCUCUCUUUUGUGCACAUGCACAUAUCCUGGUAGCCUGGCAAGGGCAUGUCCCAUGUGAGGUGAGCAGUCCAGCAGGAGGGGGGCUGCUCUUGGUCUGGGACCCCAACGUAGGCCAGAUCUUUUGGGGAGAAAAAGAAGACCCUUUUCUCUGAGGUGGCUACUUGGAUUGGCCCUCCCAUUAUGCUCAUGUGUGGGAUGCAUGCUUAUAGCGAUACCCUUUUGGCCAUGUGUGCCUCUUUCAGCUCAGUAACCAUGUGCCCUGCCGAUGCAAGAAAAGUGCUGGGUUUUUUGUGCCUUGUCCCUCUCCAACUCCCACCUUAGAUGGUCAAGAGACCGAAAGGCCAGUUCUGGUCAGUAAGAUUUAAUUUGGUUUUUCACCAAGCUCUGUCCUGUGACUUUCAUGAGAGUUUCAAUCUGUAUUGAAGGUUUUGGUUCCACAUUUAGGCAUCUGCUGGGUGUUUUGGUUAUCGGUUCCUGUGGUCCCUGCGAAAUCCCAAAACAAUAUGGCCUCAGCUGGAUUCCUCCCCCCCCCCCCCUCGCUCUUCCCUGGCAUUUGCUCCCAGCUGUUACUUUUAUCCCAGCCUUCCAAAGCCUGAAGGACUUCUUGAUCUCUGAGACUUUUUCAGGUGUACAGUUGAUGUCGAUUAUGUCGUCCACAAUUGCUUUAUUAGGAUUGUGUGACUGUUGUUUUUGCAAUUAUUAUUUAUGGCGAGGGGUUGAAACAUGGCUCCGUAAUUCAAGUGGUCAUAGAAAAUGCCAAAAUCUUACCCAACUGCCAGGUGCUGAGGGAGGGAUCUUGAUGCCAGAGGUCAUGCUUUUCUUCUUUGGAGGGUAGUGAUGCCAUGGGGUUUGGGGGUUUUGAAGGAAGGGAAUGAUUGGGGGGACCAGCAGCCCCUUGCAAGCCAUUGAGCUACCAACGCGGAGAAAAACCUUUGCCAUGCCCCUGAGUGCCUGGGCACUGACUGCCCCUUCUCCCAUCAUGUGCCCACUUUGCUGCUCUUUUGUGUGUUCAGAGUGUCUCAGCAUGGAGGGGAGGGAGGGAGGGGGGUUUGCAGCAAAACCAGAAAAAAGAUACCUCUUCUUUCCAAGUAAUGGAUCAACAUAAUGUGCCAUGGUUUUGUUUUCAGAAGGGGGGAGGAGUGAAAUGAAUCUAUAGUAGACCCACUUGAUUUUUUCCAGUGCUUUUCAUAUAAAAGAGCCAAGCAGUGAUGUGUUCAGAGAGUAUCUUUGAAUAUAAAGUGGAAAACUUGCUGUGUGUAAAAUAUUGAACAAUUAACUGUUUAUAUUAGAGAAGAAAAUUCUGAAUAAAUUAUCCUGUAAUAUUCUCA